GAAAUAAUUAUAUAAGCUUUUGUAAUCUAGAAAAUGAGGUCUCUGCCUGAAAUGAACGCGUAUGAUAGACCAGUCACUGAUAAAAUACUGAGCCUAAAGAUCGAUAAUACCCUGAUUGGAAAGAGCUUUACCCUUAGAGUUCAUUGGUGGACGACAGUGUUCGAGCUAAAAUCUAAAAUCAUGAAGGAAACAGGCAUCCCGAUCCCUGCUCAGAGAUUAUUCGCUAGAAACUGAGAACUAGAGAACAACAAUACGCUUGAGAGUUAUAACAUCCUUCGUAAAGGCAAGAACAAGGUCAUGCUUAUUCAGAGACGGAAUCUAGACGGCCAGAAAUGAUUCAUCGAGCCAUAUGGAACCCUGCAGAAAUAAGGACAGUUCAGGCCGGAUCAAGCAUAUGAUUGACCAGAUUAUGGCAGGUAUGAGCCAAGGUUUCAAUCCCUCACUAGCUUUUGACGGCACUGCUGGGACUUAUAUGAUGAAAGACAUUAAUAAGAACACUGUGGCUAUCUUUAAACCUAUAGAUGAAGAAGCCUAUGCUCCUAAUAACCCAAGAGGAUAUGUUGGAGAAUUCGGUCAAUCCUCAUUUAGGAAAGGAGUCCUAUCUGGGGAAGGCGUUAUUCGAGAAGUAGCCUCGUUCUUACUUGACCAUGAUAAUUUUGCAGGCGUUCCUGAAACAAUCUUUGCUGAAGCUAUUCAUCCAUCUUUUAACUAUUCUUCAUCACAGGAAAUGGACUCUUCAGCAUUUGAUAGUAAUAAGGAUUAUAUUAACGUUAUGAGUUCUCUGAUUAACCCAACUCUUUCCCAGAUGAGUUCUAGUUCUACUGCACCAGAGAGCCAAAAAGAUUCACAAAUGAGUGAAGGCAUCAAAAUGAAGUAUGGGUCUCUUCAAUAUUUUGUAAAGGCUGAUGACCUGGCUUCCAACUACUCCUCAGACCUAUUCUCUACAAGCCAGGUGCAUAAGAUAGGGAUCCUUGACCUCAGAUUAAUGAACCUGGACAGGAAUGAUGGGAAUAUCUUAAUUAAAAAAUCAGCAAAAAGAUAUGAACUGAUUCCAAUCGAUCAUUCCCUUUCCAUCCCUGAUAACCUAGAAAUCUACUCAUACGAUAUUUGCUGGAUGGAGUGGCCUCAGAGCGAGGAGCCAUUCAGACAAAAAGCUUUAGACUACAUUGACAAAAUUGAUGUCCUGAAAGACAUCAAAAUGCUUGAUAACACAUUUAAAUUUCGAAAAAUCUGACUUAGAAAUAUAAGAAUUACAGGUAUCUUACUCAAGAAAGGUGCUGCAGCUGGACUCACCCUUAACCAGAUCGGUAAGAUGCUGUGCAGAGAAGACGAUUUCGAAGACGACGAACAGCCCUCCCUUAUUGAAAAGAUUGUUGAACGGGCUCAAAACAUGGCUAAAAAUAGAAGAAGCUUCUCCUACUUUAAGGAUAAUAAGAAGAUCAGAUCUUUGGAAAGCUUCAAAAAGCAAAGAAAGGAGAUUAGACAAACUUCAAAUCAACGUGGAGGUAAGGAAAUCUCUAAGUUCAAAUCCAAGGUUGAAGAUGGUAUACCUGCCAAGGAGAUUAGUCAAUUUGGCACUCAAUCAAAAUUCAUGUCCUCUAUCAAGAACGGAUUUGACUCUUUUGGAAAUGAUAACAGUGAUAAUGAAGAAAAGAAAUUCAGUGAAUUUCCAGAACCCGAAGUCAAGAAGACCCAGUCUGGGUUCACUAACAUCCAAGAGUCAUCUUUAGACUUUGAGUCUAUAUCCAAGAAGAUGAGCAUUAGGAAAAGAGACAGAGCUCAAUCAGAAAGUGACUCCCAUCUUGACUUUAGUACUGAAAGAUACUCUUCUCCUUCUAAAAGAUUCAAGAUGAAACAGACUUCAGAAAACUCGAAGGAAAACUUUGAGCUCAAGAAGGAAGGACCAGUACUCCAACUAAACUGAUCAACCUCUUCUUCCUACUUUGAAGAGGAAGAGGAGCCGGAGGAAGAAGAAAAGGAGGAGGCUCAUCCUAUUAAAAGAACUCUUUCUCUCCCUCGAAUCAAGAUUCUUGAAAACAAAAAGGAACUGCCUAAGAUCAAUGAGGUGGAGGAAGAAGAGCCUGAUGUACAACUAUCAAAGACAAACAGUAAGACUAGUUCAGGGAUGAGCCCUCAGUUCUCCUUAUCUCCUGAGAAGAAUAAAACGAAACCUCUGAAAAUUAUUCGUGAAAACAGCUCUGACAUGAAAGAGAAGGAAUUGAGGGAGUCCCCUUAUGAUGAUUAUUUCUUCUACUACUACGAAACUUACUUAGAUGAGGCUAUUAGCAAGAUCACAAAGGAUAUCACGAUAAAGACAGCUACAAGAGGUAGAUCUCGUAGUGAGAUCUAGAAGGAACUUUCUGCGAUCUUCUUCACUAGAAGCUAAUUUUAACCAAAAUAAGUUUC